AUGGCGUCCCUUCUAACUGAUACUCUUCCCUGGCAUGAUGGUGAAAUACAAAUGCGCAGUUUGCUGCGUAUUCCACCUAUUAUCAACCCCACAGUUCCUUCUCUAAGUUACGGGGCAACUUAUUUGCUCUUAAACUCGCCUUUGCUUGCUAUCGGUGCCGUUGAUCGAGAGGGCCGGCCUUGGUCAACGCUUUGGGGUGGUGAAGUAGGCUUCGCCAAACCAACUUCUCAAUCGAAAAUCGAGAUUAGGACUCCUGUUGAUAGCAAGCACGACCCUCUAGCAGAUAUACUACUACAUAACAGCUCAGGGGAGUCCGGGCAGUUGGUCUCUGGCUUAGUUGUCGAUCUAGCGACCCGCAAAAGAGCAAAGCUUUUUGGAAGGAAAAUCACUGGAUCGAUACAAGUGGACGAAGAGAACCAUAUUGACUCCAGCAGGGUAGGGUUUGCGCAUUUGCUUGUGCAAAUAGAAGCAAGUCUUGAUACACUGUUCAUAUCUUCACGACAUGGAGAUGUGGAUAUGGAUACCAACAUCCGUGGUGGACCUCCAGGAUUUGUCCGUGUUAUAUCUAACGAGCCCAACGGAGCCGUAUUUGCUUAUCCAGAGUAUUCCGGUAAUCGCCUGUAUCAAACUCUGGGCAACCUUCAAACAACGCCUUUGGCGGGUUUUGUCUUUCCGGAUUUUGAAACAGGAGAUGCGUUGUACGUCACUGGACAAACUGAGGUCUUGGUGGGGAAAGAGGCCGCCGCUCUCCUUCCACGAUCGAACCUGGCUGUGAAAGUGACUGUCACCGCAGCCCGAAAAGGCUAG